CUUUGAUGAAUCACUCAUGUUUCACUACAAUGGCGACCACAGUUACCCUCGGCUUAAGGCAUCAUGUACCUUCAAGGAUUUUGUGGAUAGGGUUCUGCCACUUUGCAAAUCCCCUCGUAUUAGCAAAUUCCGCCUUAAAUGUGAAUAUGGAUUUGACUGUUCAAACCUUAAUGCAUGGAUCACCUUCGCAUUACUUCAUGAUGUUGCAGAGCUUGAUGUCUCAACACAUGGACAUAAUUUAGGAAUGUUGCCCUCCUCUCUGUAUACUAGUAGGACACUAGUGGAACUGAAGUUGUAUGGAAGAUUUGACAUGAAGUUUCCAGAACCUGUCCAGUUGCCAUAUCUCAAGUCCAUGCAACUUUUUAGUGUUGAAUUUUCUGACCCUUACUCCCUUAAUAGGCUGAUUGCAGGGUGCCCUCUGCUUGAGGAUCUUGUUGUUGGAGGAGAUUGGGAAGAUGUUGAAGAUAUUAACAUAUCCUCGGCAAGGCUGACUAGUUUGACUAUGGAUUUUAGAGACAGUUUUGGCUCAUUGAACCACAGAUCUAGUGUGGUGCUUGACCUUCCAAAUUUGGUGUAUUUUAACUAUGUCGAUAGGUUGGCCAGGAGAUACUCUCUCAUGAAUCUGAACUCACUUGAGGAAGCUCGCAUUGAAGUUUUAUUGGACAUGGAUAACCCUGUGUGGUCGGCUUCCUGUAGUGCUGUUCUUGGCCUCUUAUAUGGAGUUUCAAAUGCCAAGCAUCUAUUUCUUUGUGGCAAAUGCCUGGAGGGUCUUGACACUGACGAGUAUACGUUGCCAACAUUCUUUAAUUUGCGACGGUUGGAGUUUGGCUGGAGCAAAUAUUUAAUAUGGAGGGAUGUGUUGUGUCAGUUCCUCGAUAGUGCACCCAUGCUUGAGGAUCUAGAUUUCUCAGAG